AUCCCUCUGGAAACACUUCAUCGUCUUUAUCUUCUCUGCAGCAGGAAGAAGUGAAAAUGGCGCAUGUCGUCCUCAUGAUGUGCCUGCUUGUGGCUUGCUCAGCGGCUCCUGCUCAGGAGAGUCAAAACAACGAGCAGAUUGCUGCACACGCCAAUGAGGCCCUGAGGUGGAUGGAGAUGUAUCGGUUGUACCAGCAGCAGGGGAUGGUUGCAAACCCUUUCCUUCCUGCUGCAGAAGCUCCUGCUGAACCUGCUGCUGCAGUGGUGACGGUGGAUGCUGCACCAGCUCAGCCAGCCACUGGCGCUCCUCCUCCUCCACCUCCUCCUCCACCUCAGGCUCCUGCACAGUCAGCUGGAGAAGCAUCAGAGGAAGAGAACGACGAGGCUGAAUCUGCUCCAAAAUUAGCUGCUCCUCUAAACUCUGAUGAAGAGGCUGAAGAAGCAGAGGAAGCAGAAGAGGAGGAGUCAGCCGCAGAGGCCGCCGCCAAUGCAUCUGUUCCUGUAGCUGCUGUCGACGUGCCGGCUGAGGUUGUGGAGGCUUCACCAAAUGGUGGCGACGUGGCAACUUUGAACGCUGCACCACCUGGCUCUGAAGUUGGAGAUGUUGCAGGAGGACAUGCUGCUGCUCCUGAGGCUGACGCUCCUGUCGCAGGAUCAGAGCCUUCAGUGCCAAAGUAA